UUAGGUACUGAAUUGGCUUACAAAGAAUCAAAACUGCAACAGAACUCCAAUCCUAUUUCAAGUCCUACUCCUACUACCAGUUGAGUCAUAACUCAAAUGUUAGUCUUUGUUUCUUUCUUCGAUUCUAUAUAUAUAUAUACACGCGUAUCUGUUACCUGUAGAAGUUCAUGAUAUAUAUAUCCAAUCCACCCGAAUACAAUAUAUCUCCAUCAUGGCAAAUCACAUCGUGGCGCCAAGCUCCGGCGGGAAUUUUCCGGCCAUGCUCACAAAACAGGUCGUCCUUUGUUCCCUCAUCGCGGCGUUCGGGGGUCUCAUGUUCGGUUACGACAUUGGCAUAUCAGGCGGAGUAACGUCGAUGGAUGACUUCUUGUUGGAGUUCUUCCCAAGUGGAGAAGAAGCGAAGCACAGAGCGAAGGAGAAUAACUACUGCAAAUACGAUAACCAGUUGCUCCAACUGUUCACGUCGUCGCUGUACCUGGCGGCGGUCGUCUGCAGCUGGGCUGCGGCGUUUUGCUGCAAGAGGUUUGGGCGGAAGCGCACCAUGCAGAUGGCGGCGGCCUUCUUCUUGGUCGGAGUUGUUCUCAACGCCGCCUCAGUUAAUCUUUACAUGCUCAUCGCCGGGCGGAUUUGUUUGGGUGCCGGCAUCGGAUUCGGAAAUCAGGCAGUGCCACUAUUCAUAUCAGAAAUCGCCCCGGCACAGUACCGUGGAGGCCUUAAUGUUUGCUUUCAGAUGCUGAUCACAAUUGGGAUUCUGAUUGCCAAUGUGGUGAACUAUUUCACCUCCAAGAUACACCCUAACGGCUGGAGAAUCUCUCUUGGUGGUGCUGGAUUUCCAGCCAUAUUCCUCGGCUUGGGAUCUCUUCUCAUCGUCGAGACUCCCACCAGCCUGAUAGAGCGUGGCAAGACAGAAGAAGGGCUCAAGGCUCUCAAGACAACCAGGGGUGUAGAAGAUGUCCAGAAAGAGUAUGAGGAAAUAGUUAAAGCCACUGAGACUGCCAAGAAGAUUAAGCAUCCUUUCAGGAACCUGAUCAUAAAACGAUCGAGUUGGCCUCAGCUGUUCUGUGGGACUAUACUACAGGUAUUCCAGCAGUUCACUGGGAUCAACGUCAUCAUGUUUUAUGCUCCGGUGCUCUUCCAAACAAUGGGCCUCGGUGCAGAUGCGUCUUUGUUGUCAGCAGUCGUCACUGGAUCCAUCAACUCCGUCUCCACAUUGGUUGCAGUCUUUGGGGUCGAUAAGUUUGGAAGAAGGAAAUUGCUCAUACAAGCUGCUGUCCAAAUGCUUAUUUCUCAGGUUUUAGUAGGAACAAUUCUCACACAACAUCUGAAGACAACAAACGCGAUACCCUUGCCAUACGCUUACUUGACGGUGUUUCUAAUCUGUGUAUUCGUCAUGGGGUUUGCGUGGUCAUGGGGUCCUUUAGGAUGGUUGAUUCCGAGUGAAAUAUUCCCUCUGGAAACGCGGCCGGCUGGAUUUUUCUUUGCGGUGAGCAGCAACAUGAUAUGCACCUUCAUCAUAGCACAGGCUUUUCUGACAAUGCUGUGCCAGAUGAGGUCGGGCAUCUUCUUCUUCUUCGCGGCGUGGAUCGUGGUAAUGGGCAGCUUUGCUGUGUUCUUGCUGCCGGAAACGAAGGGAGUUCCCAUUGAUGAAAUGAACGAACAAGUUUGGAAGAAACACUGGUUCUGGCAUAGGUUCUUCAAGCCUGAAGAUGAGGAACAAGCCAAGUGUUGAGGAAGAGCAGCAGCUCCUACGCCUUUUUCCUUAAAAUUUCACUGUAGAAUAUUUUAGUCAAUAGUUAUCUAGUUAAAGAAAUUAGAGAUACAUUGUAGAAUAUUUUAGUCAAUAAGUAUUAUGACAAUUAAAAUUAGUUACUUCAGAGAUUAA